CUUUGUUAUUGCAUUUUCAACCGCGCUGCUCGUCGGGUGCGCGCUGCCAUCGAAAAAUCGAAUCAAACCUCGGAUAGUUUCCAACUCGAAAAUCACCGGGCAGGAGUAUAAUAUAUGGAUUGCUGCUAGGGAAAUCCCGUUGAUAAAGAAGAUGUUCUGAUGAAGUAUCUUUUUUGCACCUCAGACGGGGAUAGAAGUUGUGGAAGAAGAGGAAGAAACUGAGAGGGCGAGAGGAGGUUGCAAAACGGAACGAACCGGAAACGAAACGGGUCGCGGCUUGAAACGAUACGCGGCUCUCUUAUUCUCAGCGGCGGUGUCGUUUUGUGACGUCAAAACCAGCUACGUCCUUCGCUGGCAGACACACACACACGCACGCAUGCACGCACGCUCACCGACAGACACAAUACCACACUGAAAGAAACUCCCACCAAGAGAACCCUCCCCCCUCCUAGAGAACAACAACAAAAACAGCAGCAGCGGAAAAAUAAAGAGAGAAUUUAUAUUCCUUUUGUAUCAACGCGAUUGUGUGCAUGUGUGUGUGUUUUUUGAGGCAGCCGCACAACUACAACUGCAACUGCACUAGUAACAACAACUAAAAAACGGCAAAAAGCAACAAAAAUGGAGCAGCCGAGCCUUCUCGUCAAAAUCCUGCACUCGAUUCCGCACGUGAAUUACACAUUCCGUCGGGUUAACGACACCUUCAAUCCUGACAGCGAUGUUUACCUCGAGAGUCUGGGCAUCCUGGCGUGCAUUCCCGCCGGCCUGCUGAUCGUCUCGCUGUUGGGCUUGCUGCUCUACCUGCUGACCCGCUGCUGCGACCGUCGUCAGCGGAAGCCAAGUGCCCAGCGCUGCCAGAGCUGCUCGCUGGUCAUCAUCACAUUGAUGACCUGUGCGGCCAUUGGAUUAGGCUUGUACGGAAACGAUGACUUCCACAAUGGCCUGUUGCAGGCCUUUGGAUCCGGAAAGAACGUCGAGGAUCUGGUGCUCACCUUAAAACGACAGACGGAGAGCAUCAAGCACGACUUGGCAUCGCGGAUGUCCGGACACAAGGUGGAGCAGCUGGUGGUGAAGCCACAAUACAACCAGACGGUGGUCAUGCUGCUCAUCGAGACAUCACGUCUGGUCACGGAGAACACCUCACGGGCGGUGGCCUCGCUGGACAGCAUGGUGCACUACUUUAUGAAGGCCAAGGGCAGCGAGAACGAUACCUCGCUAAUGGGACUGUUGCAACUUGGUGAGUUCUACGAAUCCAUUCGCUGGCCAGCCACUCUGGCCUUUCUCACUGUCCUCCUACUGCUCUGCACCGUGCUGGUGAUUGGCGUGGCCCGGCGAUCACGCUGCACCCUGAUCUUCUUCAGCGUUUCGGGCCUAUUCUGCAUCAUCAUCUGCUGGCUGUUGGCCGCUGUCUAUCUGGCAUCCAGUGUGGCUGCCGGCGACUUUUGUAUGCGACCGCACGACUAUAUGUGCCGACAGGUGGGCAUGCGGAGUCCCUAUGUCGAUUUCCUCAACUGCGGCACUCCGCGCAAUCGGUUCAUUCUGCGCCUAAACGAAUCCCGGGAUCUGGUGGAUCGGGCCAGGGAAAGUGUGGAGCACAUGCAGCGAAUGAGCCAGGACACGUAUCCGCACAUCGACAUCCAACGCACACUGAACACCAUGGACAGCGAUCUAGAGAAUACGCUGCGCAACCUAACCACUCUAUCGGAGACCCUGGACCGCCGGGCCAUCGACCAGCACUACGAGGAGGCACUCCGCGGACUCUGCGGCGGCGGACUUCUUGGACUGAGCCUGAUGAUGGUCGCUGGCCUGCUCACCUCCUUCCUGCUGACGAUCCUGGUGUACGCCGACUCGCACGCCUGGAUUUAUCUAACCAAGCGGCCAACGCUGGACGCUGACAAAUCGGAGACGGCGCCGUUGUUCCCCGCCUCGAAUGCGCCCAGUGCCAGCAUUUCGCCCACCGCACCGCUGAGCACGGGAACGAUCAACCGGACGCUGUUGCACCACCAGCAGGCGUCGGUGGGUGGCGGCGGUGGGUCGGGCACCCUGCCAGGAUCCGGAGGCGGCGGGGGCGGGGCAGGAGGAGGAGGUGGCAUGGGCGCCAAUGGACACAACGGCGUGGGACCCUAUCGCAAUGGAACGGCGGGCCUGAGACAAGGGUUGGCAUCACCUUUAUCUCAAUCAAGCCACAAUUCAUCCCACAACGCUACUUACAACAACGGCACCAUCGGUUACAACAACAACAGCCACCAACAACAACAACACCACCACCACAACAACCACCUGUACAGCAACCACCACCACCACCACUACAACAACAACCACAGCAACAAUACACAGCAUAGAACUAACUCCGCGGCGGGGGCGGUGGCAGCGGCGGUGGGCGUGGCCAGCCACAAUGGUGGUCAACGAUCGCCGUCGCCGCCGCCCGGCUACGAUUUGGUGCAUGGCACAAGGUCAGGCCACCACACUCUGGGACGCCUGCCGUCGCAUCACCAGCAAUCGGCAUCGUAUUUGCCGGGACCCAACAAUGGAAAGUAUGCGACGCUCAGCAAGCAGUGUAAGACGCUCGAGUCGAACGACUUCUACUGAGAUUCGCUUGCCUGCAGUUCCCAUGCAGGCAGUAGCAACAACACAGCACAGCAGCAGCAGCAAUUGCAGUUGCAACACCAGCAGCAGCAACAUCAGCAACAGCAGAGCAGCCUAAUCAAUCAGAACCAGAUCAAGAACAUCUUUGCAUCGGCCACAUUGCCACGCUCCACGGGCAGUUCCAUUCGAUCGGUGCUGUCGGUGCAGAACUCCAAUGCUGGCAUUUGUCGCUCCACGGGCAACGGUCUGGAUGGGGAGUUCGUGGAUGAUCGUGAUCCGCGCGAUGUGACCAACAACAGCUUCAAUCGCUUCGAUCCCAAGUACAUAAGCAUUGGGCCCAAGGCGGUGAGGGGUCAGAACAACAACCUAAACAUAAUGUCCGCUGCUGGGAGCAACAAGUGUGCCACAUUGCGGCAUGUGGGUCGCUACGGUGGCUCACUGAAGGGUGUGUCCGCUGUCAACGCCACGCCCUCAAUGCCCGCUGCCCCCGCUGUGCAUUCGCCGAACUUGAGGAGCGCCAAAGCGCCAUCAAUAGCCACCGUUUCGAAGGAUUAUUGCCAGCAGCCGGACUGCAUUCCCCAAGAGUUCCUGCUACAGCAACAACAGCAGCAGCAGUUGCAACAGCAGCAACAACAGUUGCAGCAGCAGCAACAGUUGCAACAGCAGCAUCAGCAGCAACAGUUGCAGCAACAGCAGCAGCAACAGCAACUGCAGCAACAACUGCAACAGCAACAUCAACUGCAGCAGCAACUACAGCAGCAAUUGGUGCCACCGGCUCCGCCGCAACCUGCGCCACCGCCUCCGCCCAAACCAAAGAUAGUCAAUACAUUUACGGAAAUUCCUGGCACCACGGGUGUGGGCAGCUCGUAUGCCAAGGAGCAGCAGCAGCAGCAGCAACUGUUGGCCCUGCAGCAGCAGCAGCAACAGCAAUUGCUGGCCCUACAGCAACAGCAACAGCAGCAGCAGCAACAAAGGGAGCUGCAUCCACCCACCACGCAUAUACUGCCACCCUCGGCUGUUUACAGCAUCGAGAGCAGCGAGGUGUUGCCCACAGCUGCGCCGCGAGUGCAACAGCAGCAGCGUUCGCUAAAUCCCGCCUCCAUUGUGAACCAGCCGCUGCCCGAAAUUCCCACCAAUCAGCAACAGCAACAAUCGAAGAUAUCCGCUCAGCCGCUGUGCGCGGCCAGUUUGGGCCAGUACCGCUCGUUGCAGCGUCCGCAGGCGCAGAAAUUGCAGGCCGUAGCCACGCAGCCGCAGCCGCAGCAGCAGCAACCGCCAACGCUGCCGCCCAAGAACAGGCACAAAACGGGCAGCAAUCGCGACAGCAGCAAUGCCAAUCAUAUGCAGACAUUGCCGCCAAAGUCGGCUAGCUUGAGGCAGCAGCAGCAGCAGCAGCAAGAGCGGGACAGAGACCGCGAGAGGGAGCGGGAACGGGAGCGGGAGCGUCCCCGACGGGCGGAAACUUUGGACAAUGCCCGCAGCUACAUAGAGCAACAACAGCAGCAGCAACAGUAUCCCAGCCAGUUGAUAACCGGCAGCAACAUUAAGAAGCAGCACUCCUACGACAGCAGCUACCACCAGCAGCAACAGCAACAGCAGCAAUUGGCCUUCUACCAAAGGCAGCACAACAACAACUUCUCCACGAAACAGCAGCAACAAUUAUUGCUGGAGCAACAGCAGCAGCAACAGCAGGCUCUGUUCUAUAGAUCCUUGAAGCGAGGUGAACGAGGAGGAGGAGGCGGAGGGGGAGGAGGAGGAGCAGCAGCUGCCACCACCAGCAACCAUAGCGAUCUGUAUUCGGUGACGGAAUUGUAGGAGUGCGCCUGCUGCGGCGGCGGUGUGGAUGUGGUGCGCCGAGGCACUUCAUCCACAUCGCUGCACGCGGCGGCGGCCACACAAACUCAGAGCCAAAACCAGGCGCAAUCGCAGAACCAGGCGCCCGUUCCCCUGCCACCCAAGAAGCAUCGCCAAAGGGAAAGGGAGCGCGAGCGGGAACGGGAGCAGCAGCAGCAGGUGGCCACAACCGCUUGCAAUGCCAAUCUGUGCGAGGAGCAUCAGUACGAUGAGUACUAUCCAGGUGGAAUCGGAGGAGGAGUGGGUGCCACUGGAGGAGGAGCUGCUACAGCAAGCUCUAACUCCAAGCAUGCAUCCUCAGCAUCCAAGCAAAGCCAGCAGAGGGCAGCCACCUUCGAUGUGGCCGAUGCCAGAGACUAUGAGCUCAAGCGUUUGGGCAAUCGCAGAUCCCAGCAGCAGGCGGCUCCCAGUAAAAGAAAUGGCGGAGGAGGAGGAGCUGCUGCCCAAGAUCAUCAUCGCAGCCACGAUCGCGAGCGCUCGCGCAGCGAUCAUCGCAUUGCCAGCUAUGCCUGCGAGGAGGUCAAUUCCUCCGCGCUCUGUAGCGCUGGCUCCAUGAGCUCCAUGCUGCAGCCGACCAAUGGAACUGCUGGUCACAGCAGGAGCAGUAGCCAUCACCAUUCGCGGGAUCAGCAGCAGCAGCAGCAACAGCGGGAACGACGCGAGAAGACCUUCAAGGUAUGAUUUUUAGAGACGUCAUAAGAAUUGUCCAAUCCGCGCCAGGACACCAGGAAUGGCAGCUCCAGGCGGCGGACGCGUUGAGGGGUAAAUGAAAAGCGAACGUGGCGGAUUCUACAGCGAUUACAAUUGGAGGCAAAGCAGCUAGAAAAAGUGAGCGCAAGCGGAAGCGGAAGAAACUGCAUUGGAAAUUUGGAGAACCCUGCCUGUUUUUAUGUUUAGAUAUCUCUGUCCCUCUCUAUCAACGCUCUGUCUAGGUCACACACAACGAAAUGAAACGAACUCACACACACACACACACACACAUAUAUAUAAAUGUAUAUUGUACAAAAUUCAACCUAUUCUGAUUGAUUCAAAACUGCAAAAGCUGCUUAAUAAUGUGCUAAAAUGUCAAGAGUAGCGGUCAAAAUAAUAGUACUAGUACCUUAUAAUUCCCAACAUGUUUUGUACAUUUAAUUUAAUGUAUUUUUGGUUGGACAUUAUUAUGCAAUAUUUAUACAAUUUACAAUUUCCAACUACAUUUGCAUUAUGUAUGAGCAAUAUCUACAAGACCUUUUUUUUUAAUUUUACAAGAUUUAUUACUAUUAUUUUAACCGGUGCUGUGCCGCAUAAAGCCGUAUACAAACCUACAUCAGUUCUCUGCUCUGUGUUGUUGCCUAUUGUUAUAUAUAUAUAGUACAUAACUAAGAUCAACUAUAACGAAUAUUUUUUUUGUGACCACUAUUCAUACAUGUAUAUUUUAAAAGCCUUAGUUAAGUACAAUUUAGUUUUAAGCACAAAUUUAUUUAUUUACAACAGAUUGUAAGCCUCGACCCCAAAAAAUAUGAUCUAAAACGGGUGAAAAAGCGGGUAGAGACCGUCGGCGAACGAUUGCUAGGAGCUCUUGAACAUUAACAAGUUUUUUGCAAUAUUCUCGAGAAUCUAGUUCCGUCUUUGUCUCUCGCUUUUUCGCCAUUAAAGAACUUAUAUUUUCAUAAGAAGUGUGUGUGUUUUUUUUAUAUUUAUUAUCCAAUUUUUUUUUUAACUUGCAUAAGCGAUUUACGCUGCAUUAUUUUAUUGUUUGAGAAUCCGUUGCGAGAACCAACAACAACAACCACAGCAACACGUACGUAAAAUUUUUGUGACGUCAGAAAUCUAAAAACAAACUAUGAAAAACCAGCAGCAACAACAAAGCACAAGACAACAAAAACACAAAGAAAAAAACCACAAGGAAGAAAAAACAACUUCAGCGGAAAACAUUUUACAAAACAAAACAUAAAAUAAAUUAAAAGUUUAACAUUUUAGAGAAGCAAACCACAAGAAAAGCGAAGUUCUUAACUCAAGCAAUAUAAAAAUAGGAAAAGACGAAAACGAAAAGAAGCCAUACCAAGUUGUUCAACUAUUUUAAAAAUGAAUUCAGCAAUGCAAAAUGAUAAACAAGCAAACAUACAUAUACAUAAACAUAAACAUACAUUAAAUGCAUACAUACUUAAUAUAGAGCAAGCAUAAGAAAUAUUAAUUAAUCGACAACAACCACAAACAAUGUUCAGGUCAAUAACUGCAUUUAAAAGGAUAAAGUAAAAGAAGGAAACCCUCGUUAGGCAUAAAAAAUAACGAAAUGCUCUUUUUAUAUACAACUAUAUAUACAUGCAUAUAAAUAUAUAUACAUAUAUAUUAUAUUACAGAAUUGCAGUUACCCAAAAACACACAGGCAGCCAGACAAACCAUCAAACACAAACAACAACAAAAACAAAAAAAAGCAACUCACAAAAGUUGUUGGCACAAUGGCAAACACACACAACCAUUUUAUAAAAACUAACAUAAUUAUCUUACACAAAAUACAAGACACACAACACACUCAUACAUGCGAACAGUUGUGGGCAAAAUAAAUGUAGUGCCAUUAGAAUUUUGAAAAAUUGAAUAAAAUGUAAAUUGUACCAAUUGUUUAAUUUUAUUUAAGUUUUACAAAUUUAUUUAAAGGGUUAAGGCUAAAGAGGAAUUUUACCAAAACUAUUUUGUUUCUACAACAAAUAAAGGAAAAAAAUAAAGAAUUA